AUGUCCCAAGCAUUGGUUGUAGUCCUUGCGAGCAUUGCGCUCCAAGCUGCAGCGAAGACGGUACGAUCUCCUACCCCACCGAUGGGAUGGAAUAGUUACAACACCUGGGGCUGCUCCGUUUCCGAAGAGAAGAUCAAACAAAGUUCUGAGGGGAUCGUCAGGCUUGGUCUGGACAAGGUUGGGUACGACUCUGUCACAGUGGAUUGUGGCUGGCCUGCCCGAGAUCGAGAUGAGCAAGGGAGAUUACAAUGGAACGCUACGCUUUUCCCUUCAGGAGGUAAAGCGCUCGGCGAUUAUCUCCAUGGGAUGGGACUGGCCUUUGGACUCUACUCUGGUGCAGGAUAUCUACAGUGCGGGUCUACGGAUCUGCCUGCAAGUUUGGGGUACGAAAAAUUAGACGCUGAGAGCUUUGCUGAGUGGGGUGGAGACAGUUUGAAAUAUGACAACUGCUACUCGACCUCAAACACGACCAUGGUGGACUCCAGUUCUGAGGAAUCUCAGUCUCCUGCACGAUUCCAGCACAUGGCCGCGGAGUUGGAAGCAGUGCAGCGCGAUAUACGCUACUAUAUUUGCCAAUGGGGAAUCGGGACCGAUGUAGGGAAAUGGUCUGCCGAGAUUGGGAAUACUUGGAGGAUUAGCAACGACAUCUACAAUGCGUGGCGUAGUAUCUGGCGCAUCACCAACCAAGUAGUCCCAUAUUUCCGACACACAACCGUGGGAGCCUUUGCAGACAUGGACAUGAUGAUUAUAGGAUUGAACGCGCUUUCAGCUGAAGAGGAGCGCUUUCAUUUUGGAAUGUGGGCGAUCAACAAAUCACCUCUCAUCAUCGGUGCGGCUCUCGAUGAAUCCAGAAUGAGCAAGACUUCAUUGGACAUCAUGAUGAAUAAAGAAGUCAUUUCAAUUAACCAAGAUGCUCUCGCAAAAUCAGCUCAACUCGUCCGUCGGUACUCCGAAGAGGAGUGGGACGUCUGGCUAGGCGAUCUCUCCGAUUCCAGGAAAGUCUUGGGCAUUGCAAACUGGAGGAACGACACUCAGAGCGUGAAAGUCGACCUGAAGUCGCUAGGAAUCGCAUCGGCUACUGCGCGCGACGUGUGGGCUGCGAAGGAGCUCGGUGCUGUUGCUGGAGUGCGGAACAUCGAAUUGGCUGGACAUGAGCUACGCCUCUGGAUUCUUUCAGACAUUGUUGCAGCCGAAGCUCUCAAGUCCGCUUCGUACAACGCGGCUAGCAAUGCCACAACAUCGGGUGGUGCACGUGCUGUGCAAUGUGCUACAGGCGCUUGUCUGCCAACCGGCUCGAAGGUUGGGGAUAUCACUUCCGCUUCCAGUGUGACCUUUUCAAACGUCCUUUCCGGCUCAGAGGGCAAGGCUUUGCUGGGAGUCGACUUUAUCAACUACGACUACGCCUUCACCACGGCAUGGGAGCUUGGUGACAACAUUAGAAACAUGACGAUCGCCGUCAAUGGCGGGGCAGCCAAGCGAUGGGCGUUUCCUCUCUCGGGCGGUAAUUGGGAAGAAAGCGGUCGUCUCAACGUCGAAGUCGAUGGCUUCACAGUGGGUUCCAACAACACAGUGAUUUUUGCAGGAUUCCGCAGCGGACUGGGCCCUGAUCUGGUUGGUACGAACAUCAUACAACACUCUCUUACAGCACGAGAUGAUGAAUCAUUCGGUCAUGUUGUCGAUAUUUUGGAGACACUGCAUGCUUCCCCUCCGUGUCCAAAGAGAGUUAUACCGAGCGACCCACAUGGAGUCUCCAACAGCAACGAUGUCUUCACCCAUGACUUCCAUCCGGUCUGUUGUCCAUAUUACCAGUCUUUAUCAAUCACAAUGGAAGGCCAUCAAUCUGCUCCAUUCACGUCCACCUACUUAGAAACAGACUGGGCUUUCAAGCAAGGCGAUCUGACAUCGAGCAAUGAGUACGCUGAAGCAAACAAUCUGCCAACAGAAAUCCAUCGCGAUCUCUUAAAACACGGACGAAUCGCUGACCCCUUUGUCGAUCUAAACGAGCACUCGGUUCGCUGGGUGGGCGAUGAAACAUGGACAUAUCGAACUACUUUCGCAGCGCCUCCGGACCAUUCACUACCGAAUGUCACGACGAUGCUAAAGUUCGAGGGACUGGAUACAUUCGCCACGGUCCAUCUCAAUGGUGAAGAAAUCCUCGUCUCAGACAACAUGUUCAUAGAACACCGCGUCGAUGUUUCCGCAAAGCUCAAACAGGAGGCAAAUGUGCUAGAAAUCAUCUUCGAGUCUGCGCGGAAAAAGGGGCUCGAACUAGUCGGAAAACAUGAAAAUCUUCAUCGGUAUAUUGUACAUCAGACGGAAAUUUCUCGUGGGCCGGUGCGUAAAGCUCAGUAUCACUGGGGCUGGGACUGGGGCCCUAUUCUCAUGACCUGCGGACCCUGGAAGCCCAUUUGCCUUGAGACGUAUACCACUCGGCUUUCUGAUCUCUGGGUGAAUUAUGAACUGAGUGGCGAUCUGAAGUCUACGGCUGUCAAACUGAGUGUUCAGCAUGAUGGCCCCGUGGAAAAGUUGUUGGUUGGCAUUCUUGAUACCACCACAAAGGAGGUCAUUAGAAAGAAGUUGGUCGAAGUGAAUAGUCAAAGUGCUUCAGGCCAGGUUGAACACACGUUUAAUAUCGACAACCUCAAUCUUUGGUGGCCACUCGGAUACGGUUCGCAGCAUCUUUAUGAAGUGCAGGUGCAGGCAAUGGGUGUAUCUACAUCAGGGGAUGACAUACCUUAUCACUCUAUAACCCAAAAGCUCGGCUUCCGUAAAGUGGAACUGGUUCAAAAGCCAGAUGGCCACGGCAUAUCAUUUUACUUUCGCAUCAACAACAUCGAAAUUUUCUGCGCCGGCUCCUGUUGGAUCCCAGCCGACUCAUUCCUCACACGCAUCACAGCCCAAGACUACCGCGACUGGGUCGAACUCACCGCAAGCGGCAACCAAAUCAUGCUCCGCGUCUGGGGCGGCGGAAUCUAUGAAGCCGACGCCCUCUACAAUGCCGCCGACGAACUCGGCAUCCUCAUCUGGCAAGACUUUGCCUUUGCCUGUGCAAACUACCCAACCCACCCGUCCUACCUCUCCAGCAUAAUCCUCGAAGCCACCCAGGCCGUCCGCAGACUCCGACACCACCCCAGCCUCGUCAUCUGGGCCGGCAACAACGAAGAUUACCAGAUCCGCGAAAAGUACAACUUGACCUACGACGGCGACGACCACGAUCCCCAGUCUUGGCUCGACACGGAUUUUCCCGCUCGCUAUAUCUACGAAUACCUACUACCCAACCUCACACGCUCGGAAUCCCCACAGAUACCCUACCACCCAAGCUCGCCCUUUGGCAACGGAACAUCGACCGUGGUAACAGUCGACCCAACCAUCGGCGACAUCCAUCAAUGGAACAUCUGGCAUGGCACCAUGUCGCCCUACCAACACCUCCCCGACCUCGGCGGCCGCUUCGUCUCCGAAUUCGGCAUGGAAUCAUACCCACAGCUCUCCAGCCUGAGACCCUACAUCACUGACCCCGACCAGCAGCACCCAGGCUCCCUAGUCAUGGACGCCCGCAACAAAGCCAUCAACCACGAGCGCAGACUGCUAGCCUAUGUGGCCGAGAACUUCCGCCUCGCGUACGAUUUACAGACCUUUGCCCAUCUGACGCAAAUUAUGCAGGCCGACGCCAUGAGCUGGGCGUACAGGGGGUGGCGCCGACAAUGGGGUUCUGGCGCGCCUGGGUCGCGGCAGUGUGGCGGUGUGCUUGUCUGGCAGCUCAACGACUGCUGGCCCACUAUUUCCUGGGCUGUCGUCGACUACCUCGGCGUUCCCAAGCCCGCGUUCUACGCUAUCAAGCGCGCAAUGGCGCCCGUGACGGUGGGCGUGCAGCGCAACUUUCGCAGUGCUAGCGUGAGGCCGGCAGUGGACGGGUGGCAGCGGGAAACGGGGCAUGUGGAUGUUCUGGGGUUGUGGGAGAGGGUCGAGUAUGCGGUUUGGGUUGCUGAUGAUGGGAGGGGCGGGGAGGGGGAGGGGGAAGUGGAGGUGCGGUGGAUUGCUGUGGGGAGUGGGCGGGAGUGUUGUCCGGGGAAGAAGGUCGGGGUGCGGAUUGUAGGGAAUGGUGUCACUGAGGUAAUGAGGGAUGUUAUUCGCACGAGCGCUGGCGAUGGCGGAACCGAAGUCGAAGUUGGAGCCGGGUAUGAAGGGUUCAAAUGCCCCUUUGUAAUUCACGUCUCUCUCUCCAUCAACGGCAAGCCCAUCGCAACCGACAUAUCCUGGCCCGAGCCGAUCAAAUACCUCUCGUUCCCGGACCGCGGAAUCUCGGUUCGCUCUUCAGACGACCAAUCGCGAGUCUAUGUUUCGGCUGCUAGACCGGUCAAGGGGUUUGUAUUUGCCGAGCGCAAGGGCGUGAGGUUAAGUGAUAAUGGGUUCGAUGUUGUGCCUGGGGUGGUGGUGGAGGUGAGUGUUGAGGGAUGUCGGGCUGAUGAGUUGGCGUGGAGGUAUGUCAAUAUGUAA